GCACGCCGCUGGGCUGCUACAGGAAGCUGGUGGAGUACUGCCGGAACGGGGACCUCUCCUUCAAGUACGUGAAAACCUUCAACAUGGACGAGUACGUGGGUCUCCCAAGGGAUCACCCGGAAAGUUACCAUUCCUUCAUGUGGAAUAACUUCUUUAAGCAUAUUGACAUCUUGGCAGAAAACGUUCACAUUUUAGAUGGAAAUGCACCCGAUCUGCAGGCAGAGUGUGACGCAUUUGAGGAUAAAAUCAAAUCAGCUGGAGGAAUUGAACUCUUCGUUGGAGGUAUUGGCCCAGACGGUCACAUUGCCUUCAACGAGCCUGGAUCAAGUUUGGUAUCCAGGACGCGAGUGAAGACCUUGGCUAUGGACACUAUAUUGGCUAAUGCCAGGUUCUUUGACGGUGACCUCUCCAAAGUCCCCACAAUGGCUUUGACGGUCGGAGUAGGCACUGUCAUGGAUGCCAGAGAGGUGAUGAUUCUUAUCACAGGAGCCCAUAAAGCCUUUGCUUUGUACAAAGCCAUUGAAGAAGGUGUCAACCACAUGUGGACAGUAUCAGCGUUCCAGCAACACCCCAACACUGUGUUCGUGUGCGAUGAGGAUGCCACGCUGGAACUCAAAGUUAAGACUGUGAAAUACUUUAAAGGUUUAAUGCUGGUCCACAACAAGCUUGUGGAACCCUUAUACAGCAUGAAGGAGACAGGAGCAGAAAGAAGCCAGACUAAGAAGCCAUACAGUGAUUAAUCUCGCUGUUCAGAGUAGUGCUGAACCAGCUUUUCUGUUGAAAACCAGCUGUGAAAAGGGAAUUGCUGCAGCAACUCAUCUCGUAUUUGUUCUUACAUUAGCAAA